AGCAAUCAGCUGUUUAUACUCCGUUUUUGUUUACUGUUUCGUCGAAUUUCGCCUCGCAACGUUUUUUUUUUUUAUAUAAUCUUUCAUUUAAAAACAAAAAAUCAAAGUGCGUGUUUACUGGCGGCAAAAUGGCGCUAUUCGAAAUGAAAUGGCUGCGCCGGUGGGUGCGACGCAACACAAACCCCAUACCAGAGCACCGGGCCGAGCUUUGGAAGCGGCGCCUGAGCAUCGGCUAUGCAGUUUUGGCCUGGCAGGCAUUCGGCCUUGUUUGCUACAUGGUCUAUACCGGACGCAACGAUUGGGCCAAGUUCUAUGGCUACAAGACGGAGGAGGAUCUGGCCGAGUCACCGGCCCAGCAGUUUGCCAAGCAUCUCAAAGUAGAGGGCACCGGCAAGAUCAUACGCUUCCAGGGAUUCACCAAGGUGGAGGAGAUCCCAUUCGAUGCCAGCGAGGUGCAGCGGGUUAAGGAGUAGCUCCAGACUGUAUCAUCUUAGUUUAAAAACCAUUAAAGCUUGUGAAUAAGAAGUCCUUGGAA